GGACUGGUUGACAGGUUCGCUUAAACUCUUGAUGUUCCUGUAGGUUUGCUCGGCCACGGUGAAGAUGUGAGGCGGAAGCUCCUGAAAGGGGAGACACAAAGGUUCGCACCCAGGACCUGCAGGAAGAAGAAAUGUCCCAAAGGCAGAUGAAAGAAGCCUUUGUCAGCAACCUCAAUGGAACUAAUCUACUGGAAAUUACGCUGGGAUUGAGUUUGCCCCCCAUCUGUACAGUGUGCAGGGGAUUGCUACUCAUUCUCUCCCAGCUCCACUCUACCUGGGGCAUACAUCUCCUCGUGGACUUUGCCAUCCUAGUAGUUCCGCUCGUGACUUCCUGUACUGUUCUGUCUCCGGUCCUCUCCCUUGUGCCACUUAUCCUAACCUCCUUAGGUGCAGGUAUGUUCUACCAAAUCUACAACAGGAGAAACUGCCACCUCAGGGCCCCCCCUCGGAAAAUCAUCCAGGAAUUCCUGAAAACGCGGCUAGAGCCCGAGCGGAUCCCGGCCGUCACUCAUUUCCGCGUAUUUAUCAACGUGCUCACCGCCAUCAGCAUCUUGGCGGUAGAUUUUCCACUGUACCCCCGGAGGUAUGCCAAGACGGAAGUGUACGGAACGGGAGUGAUGGACUUAGGAGUGGGAGCCUUCGUUUUUGGGAAUGCCCUCAUUUGCCCGGAGGUUAGGAGAGGCCCGGGAACUGGGCGGUCCAAGUUCCACUACCUCGCAAGGCAACUGUUCUCCGUUUGGCCCUUAGUUUUCCUAGGGUUGGGACGACUGAUCAGCGUAAAAUCCGUCGGGUAUCACGAACAUUUGUCCGAGUAUGGAGUUCACUGGAACUUCUUCUUCACCUUAGCAGUCGUGAAAGUGGCAGCCUCACUGCUCCUGGUUCUAGUUUCCCCGCAUAAAUCCUGGGUCGUCGCCACGGGUCUUGCUGUGUUUUACCAGAUAGCUCUUGACCUUGCCCAGCUGAAGGUGCUCCUUUUACAUGGCAGUGACGGCAAAGGCACAAGGGUUGGUAUGCUCAACGCCAACCGAGAGGGAAUAUUCUCCAUCUGGGGAUAUCUGGCAAUUUAUCUGGCCGGUGUACAAACGGGCCUAUUCAUGCUGAAAACAAGAACUCUCCUUAGCGAUUGGAUUAGAGCCAUAGGUAGCCUGCUUCUAAUAGUUUCAGGCCUUUUCACGUUUCUUCACGUAACACAAGAUUAUAUAGGCCCCGUGUCUCGCAGGAUGGCCAAUCUAGCUUUUGGCAUCUGGACAGUUGCUCAGUGCUUGUCGUUUCUCAGUUUUUUAUUACUGGGUGAUGUGCUUUUAGUCCUCUCGAAGUUUCUGAUAAAAGGGGUGGACGUGCCUUGUUCUUGGAAUCUUAUCCAAUCCUCCGGUGCGGUGAAGAAGCGUGAAACAGGCUCUCCAACCCCAGAAAAGGAAAGAAAACCUCUAAAUCUUUGUUUAAUUGCCGCUAUUAACCGAAACCAGUUACUUUUCUUUUUGUUGGCAAACGUCAUGACAGGCCUGGUAAACAUGAUGGUCGAUACUCUCAACAGCAGCACCUCAUGGACUCUAUCUCUGCUUCAUUUGUAUAUGUUCAGCAACUGUUUAAUUAUGUAUGUGCUACAUAUACAAAGUGUGACUGUAAAAUGGUGGUAAGCGGUGAAACGAUGUGUUCUCAAUUAGUGACCCUCAAAAAGCGUAAGGGAGAAAAAUAUAUCGACUGUUAAUAACAGA